AUGCCUACCAACGAAGUCGGCGAGACAAACUCGGACCGGCGUGACGACUCAACCCAUGCCUAUUCAGAUGCAACAUCUAUCACAAUUGCUUCUAACCCACCGGGAAAGUGCUGCACCGUGGGAACCCUCCACAGAGGUCAACCCACUGGCAAGUCUAUCAAGAUUGAUGACAACACCGAAGCCUAUCUCGCAAUUGCGCCGGGGGGUAUUGCCCAUAAGGGCAUUGGAAUUCUAUAUCUUCCAGAUGUCCUUAGCCUGUGGAAUAACAGUAAACUUAUGGCCGACCAAUUUGCUGCCAAUGGCUAUACUACCCUUAUUCCUGAUCUCUUCAAUGGUGAUGUCCUGCCUUAUCCUAUACCUGAGGGCUUGGAUAUUAUGGAAUGGAUCUAUAACGGUGCUAAUGGAAACAACCCUCACACACCGGCUCAAGUCGACCCCGUCGUCAUCAAGGCUAUCAAGGUUCUCAAGGAGAUACUUAAGGAGCAGGGCACAGUUAAGAUUGGGGCUGUAGGAUAUUGCUUUGGCGCUAAGUAUGUUGUUCGCAACUAUAAGCAGGGUAUUGAUGUUGGCUAUGUUGGCCACCCUUCAUUUAUCUCUGAAGAUGAGCUUGCUGCGAUUACCGGACCUCUUUCUAUUGCUGCAGCUCAGACUGAUAGUAUCUUUCCCGCUGAGCUUCGAUACCGAUCUGAGGAAAUCUUGAUCGAGACAGGCCAGCCAUUUCAGAUUAACCUAUUUUCUGGUGUUGAACAUGGCUUUGCUGUCCGUGGUGAUCCUGAUGACCCCGCUCAGCGAUUUGCGAAGGAGCAGGCUUUCUUUCAGGCUUUGCAGUGGUUCAAUAAUUAUCUAGCUUAG